AUGACCGUGCUGGCUGCAUCACUCGACCCUCCCACCGCCAACAAGGGUGUGGAGAAAGGAACUAUGUUGUUUGAGGAGGACCAAGACUACGAGGAAGACAAGGCCGUGAAUAAUCCCUCCAGACCAAGGGACCGGAAGCCAAGACGGCCGGUGGCAGACAACUCUCCCCUGCUUUGGGGUCCGCCCGACCUCUCUUCUUCUUCUCCUCUAUCCACUCACACCCCAGCUGGUACUCGUCUAAGGAGGACACCAACCCCUCGUUCUGCACUCAUAUUCGUGCCACAGAGCCCGAAAAUCAACAUGUUUCCUUUUCAUCAUCAUCACGAGACUGAUCUGAUACGAACCAGAUACGAUGACGGAGAGGUGGUCCGAUAUGGGGCCGGAGAAUCAUACAGGCCCUUCAACAGCGGCAGCAGCAACACCAGAGACCGGUCACCACGCAGAGCCCGAAGCCCGCUGAGAGAUCGGGACAGGGACCCUACGUUCCAGGCCGGUCGCCGCGUCGCCGCUCCAGGAGUGCUGAUCGCUACAGGGGACUCGACCGAGGUCGUGACGUUGUUGGCGGUGGUGAGAGCUGGCGACGACGGGACAGCAGCCGUGGCCGCGCCAGAAGUCCUGUCAGGCGCCCUUCACCUCGAAGGAGCCCCCGACGGUCUCCACCACGCUACUCGCCUGCCCCGAGACGGGAUGAUAGGUUUCCAGAUAGAGCACGGUCCCCACGCCGUGACUUUGACAGCAGAGACGCUAGACGAAGAUCACGAUCCCCGUUCGAUCGCGACCGCCGUGACCGGCCGCGAUCUCCUUUCCGGCGCUCUCCUCCAGCUGGACCUCGAGGCGACAGAUCUUACCGACCGCGAUCGCGCUCUCCAGACCGCCUGGACCGUCGCGAUGACCGGUAUGGCCCAAGCUCGAGUUACAGACAGCGCUCACCUGUCAGAGAGCGAGAAGUCGUUCCCUCAGCCAUCACAUCGCGCUCGAAUUCGCGCUGGUCUGAGCGGCGCCAACUCGAUCCCUGUGCCUGCUCGCACUUCGACACCGAGGGCUGCGGCAGAGCCCUUCCAGACCCCUCUCAAGUCACCUCAGCGCGCCAAGUCGCCGCCUCGUGGUCCAGCCGCUCUGAGGGCCCCUCCUACUGGUCCUAGUGCUGCCAGGAACUUUAGCACCCCUCAUGCGGCGCCUGCUGCCUUGAGAUCCACGCCAGCUCCGUCCUACUCCUCGCGAGCAGAUACUCCGAGCCCAACGGUUCCGCCCUCUGGUCCACGCGGCUAUGGUCCUCCAAGAGGCAAUAGCUUCAGCUCCCGUGGCCGAGGCGGAGGAGGAUGGGGGACGCCAGCUUCUCGACCGCACUUCGCACCGGCACCCGCCGCGUCACCAGCAACGCCACCCACCGGCCCCAGCAGUGUUCCCACUGGCCCGCGCGCGUCCUUCUCAUCUAGAGACACACCCGCGCCAUCUCCUUCUGUCGCCUCCAAGCCCUUCAACCCACCUACCGGCCCUGCGGCUCAAGGAGGUCAGCGCCAGAGCCUUGCCCAGAAUCUCAUUGCUUCGAUGCCGCACAUGGUCCCUGGCGGUAAACUCGACCCGGCCUCGACACCUCUGAUGACCGGCGUGACCAAGGAUCUCGAGGCUCACCAUCGGCGCCUGAAGGAGGAGGAAGAGCGCAUCCGCGAGGAACUCAAGGUCAAGGACGAAAAGCUGCGCAAGAGCCUGCGCGUGUGGGAGAAGCUCGAGCGUGAGUCCAAGAGUUUCGAGCUCAAGAGCGACCUGAGUGAGAACUCGCUCAGGACGAUCGCGGGAGAGGGCGUGGGCGGCGCUGCGUUCUAG